CAUCUAUGUCACAAAAACGGCAACGACCAGAUCACCACCGCACCACCGUUGUCCUCGCUCGAAACGCCGUCGUUUGGAACACGGCGCGAAGAUCCAUCUCCACAUUCUCUCUCCGCAGUUCAACAACAUUUCACAUUCUUCCAAUUUUAUCGAACCCGCAUUGCCAUUCCCCCGAACAUUGUUCCCUCUGCAGCUUCAAUUUUCGGAGCCCUAAUUUUCUCAACAAGAAGCGUAGAUUACACUGCCAAACCUUUUCCACCAUUAAAGCAAAGGUUUUCUUCUGUUCAACUUCAUUGCCAUCAGCAGACACCCGAAUUGGAAAUCCAAUGAGGGUGGCAUUUUAAAUUUUUGGGCAAUUAAGGUUUUUGCCGAAGGUUUUAUGCACUUGUAGGGUUUAAGCAUGCAUAUAGGUAGUAAUCUAAUUGAAAUCAAGGUGUUCUCGGUUUUGUUGAUGAUGGUAUGGUGAGUUUCUUAGGAUUGACUCAUGGAGAGGGCGAACAACCCCGAGAAAUCACGUCGAGGUCUAAUCGGACAAGUGAAUCCAGUGAAAAUGGAUGGCUUAUUAGAUUUUUUGAUUCUUCAUUCUUCUGUGAGUGGAUUGCUGUUAGUUACUUGUACAAGCAUGAUCAUGCGGGAGUGCGCAAUUAUCUUUGUAAUCGAAUGUACACACUUCCUUUGCAAGGAAUUGAGGGUUAUUUGUUUCAAGUGUGUUACAUGACGAUAUAUAAACCGAAUCAAUCGUUGGAUAAGUUUGUUAUAGAUGUAUGCUCGAAGUCACUUAAGAUUGCUUUGAAGGUGCAUUGGUUUUUGUUGGCUGAGCUUGAGGAUGACAAUGAUGGGAUUAGUAGGAUUCAAGAGAAGUGUCAGAUUGCUGCCACAUUGAUGGGGGAGUGGCCACCCUUGAUAUGGCCUCAAAGUGCACCGACAAGCCCUGCAGGAAAGAGCCAAGUUUUGAAUAGGAUAUUGUCAUCAAAACAUAGAUUGUUGUCUUUAACAUCUUCAUCGCCUACACAGAGAUCUUUGUCGUUCUUGCCUUCUUUGGGAAACAAUUUGCAAGAUGAUGGUAGUCCGCAGUCUCCUAAACAAGUCGUGAGGUGCAGUUUUUUUUUGGUUAUUGUAAAGAGUGGGGACGAUUGUAGGCAGGAGCAUCUGGCAGUUCAACUUAUUUCACAUUUCUAUGAUAUUUUCCAAGAAGCUGGACUUCCUCUCUGGCUACGCCCGUAUGAAGUGUUAUGUACUUCUUCUUACACUGCUCUUAUUGAAACAAUUCAAGAUACGGCUUCUCUACAUUCUAUAAAGAGUAGAUAUCUCAACAUUUCAAGUUUACGGGAAUUCUUUAUUGCCAAGUAUGAAGAAGAUUCUCCAAGUUUUAAACUGGCUCAGACCAAUUUACUUUAUAAUAUUGUGCAUAAUGGGAACCUCUUAUUGGAUGAAGAAGGCCAUAUCAUACAUAUCGAUUUUGGCUUCAUGCUUUCCAAUUCGCCUGGUGGUGUUAAUUUUGAAAAUGCACCUUUCAAAUUAUCUCGGGAGCUUCUUGAAGUUAUGGACUCUGAUGUUGAGGGACUUCCGAGCGAAAUCUUUGAUUUUAUUAAUCUAAAUUGCCGUAAGCAUGCUGAGCGCAUUAUUCUUCUUGUUGAGAUGUUGCAGGACUCUGGUUUCCCCUGCUUUAAAUGUGGUCCACGGACGAUACAGAACCUAAGAAAGCGAUUCCAUCUCAGUUUAACUGAAGAGCAAUGUGUAUCUUUGGUUCUUUCACUUAUUAGCAGCAGCCUGGAUGCAUGGCGAACAAGGCAGUAUGAUUAUUACCAGAAGGUUUUGAAUGGAAUAUUUUAAGACAGCUUAUCAGUUGUGGUCAUUUGCUUGCCACCUUUUGGCUAAGCUUGCAGAGUGAAUGUGCAUCAAUCAAUAUUGCAUUUCUCAAGUCAUAGGAGAGUGGUUGUUUCACUGCAGUAUGGAUUUAGGAGUUUUUUAAUAGGUGGCUGGAUGCAUCCUCUUUUCUUGUGAUGGCAAUGGGAGUAAUUUUUGUACGAAUGCAGCUCUAUUUGAAGAAGUUGCAUUGGCCUCCUAAAUGCCACUUUGAGGUAGAUCAAAUUGUACAGUGAUUUCAGCGGGAGUACAUAUUGGAUGUUGAUAUGGGUACGGUGUAAGAUGUUUGAUUCAUGGAAGCUUACCGGGGGGGGGGGGGGG